GUCCACGUUGCACACCGCGAAUCUCGCGAGCGGUGGACGUGGUUGGCCAAUCGCGACGGGGUAUAUCGGGUAGUAGCAGAUUCAUGCGACUGCUCAAGUCCCUAGAUGGGAAGCUGUCCCGGCCGGACUACAAACGAGAAGUGCCGAAAUGCUACUUACGAGAACUUCCUUGAGAUACGUCACUGCCUCUCGCAACGGAAGACAUUCUACGAAGAUGUACAUAUGGGGAGGUACCUCUUACGGUAUAUCAUCAUCGUGCUCAUCAUGGCCGUCGACGCCUCCGCCGCUAGCAUUAGUAAUUUGCGUGUCUCGUGAUGGGAGCAUCGGGGAACAGCAAGAGGGUACCUACGAAGGGGUGGUGGGUACAGUACAGUACAUGUAGUCAGUAGUCAGUAGUAGUCAGUAGUAGUCAGUAGUCAGUAGGCAGGCAGACAGACAGGCAGACAGGCACCUAUGUGGUUCACCGUGGGCAGCGUGUUCCGUGAAGAAGCGGUGAUCGGCGAAGAGUAAGGUAGAGAGGCAAUUCCGG